AUGGCCUCAACAACAGCCUUUCUCACACGCCUCACCACCAUCACCUUCUCCUCCCUGACUCAACCCCUCCUCAUCAUGUUUCUCCUCUCCUUACUCACCCUCUAUACCGUCUACAUCGCUAUUUACCGCCUCUACCUCAGUCCCCUCGCCGACAUCCCCGGUCCCCGACUUGCCGCGCUGACAAAAUGGUACGAGUUUUACUACGAAGUCAUCCUGCACGGCCAGUACACCUUCAAGAUCAUCGAGCUGCACAAGCAGUACGGGCCCAUUAUCCGGAUCAACCCGUGGGAGGUACACAUUGCGGAUCCAGAUUUCCACAGGGUGUUGUUGCCGACAAAUACAAAUCGACGGAGACAUCGGACGCCGUUUUUCACGAAGCAGUUUGGGGCUGAUGAAAGUAUCGUGGCUACCAAUGAUCAUGAUCUCCAUAAGCUUCGGAGAUCAGCGGUUGGCCCUUUCUUUUCGACGCAAAACACGAGAGCGCUACAGCCGGUUAUCGAGGAGAGGGUUGAUGCAUUGUUGGCCAGGCUUCGAGAGCAUGGAAAGACGAAGAAGGAUAUUCCGUUGAAUAUGAUGUAUGCGUAUUCGGCCACGUCUUACGUGGAGGACCCCGACUUCCGCGCCGAAAUCACCAACGGGAUCUUGACCGGUUCCAACUACGGAAAAAUCUUCCAACACUUCCCUUUCCUCGUCCCCUUCCUCGCUUCGAUCCCACCAGGGAUGCUCGCCGCUAUUUCCCCCUUCUACCGCACCUUCCUCCACCUCCGCGCCUGCAUCACGGCCCAAAUCGGCGAAAUCGAAAAGUCUCUCCGCUCCGAGGAAGGCAAGAACGCCCACCUCGACAUCCCCCAUCCCACCAUCUUCCACUCCUUCGUCAACACGGAAGCACUCCCUCCUAUCGAAAAGUCCGUACCGCGGAUUGCCCAAGAAGGCCAGGUCCUUUUAAGGGAAGCCAUUCCCGAUGACGCCAACGAGCCCGUCGAUCUCGCUCGUCUCGAACAACUCCCCUAUCUCCGCGCAGUAAUCAAGGAGAGUAUGCGUCUCAGCGUUGGCGCAUCGGGUCGAAUCACGCGCGUGGCGCCUGACGAAACACUGCGGUUCAAGCCCUCCAAGUUAUGUCUGCAAUGCUAUCCAGACCAGCUGAAGACGACAGAAGACAAGGAAAAGGAGUGGCUGCUUCCUCCUGGGACGGAGAUCUCCAUGACGAGCUACCAGAUUACUACGAACCCGGAGAUCUUUCCGGAUCCGCACGCCUUUGUGCCGGAGAGGUGGUUGGGGAAGGAGAACGAGAUGAGGCUUGACAAGUACAUGACGGUGUUUGGACACGGGGCAAGGGUUUGUUUGGGGAUGCAGUUGGCGUAUGCGGAGAUGUAUUUGAUGUUGAGUAAGAUGUGGAGGGUUUGGGAGGGUGGGCCGCAGGUUGGUGGCGGGGAGGAUGAGGAUGGUAAGGAGGAUGUGGAAGAAAAGAAGGGAAGAAGAGAUGGUCGGACGGUGGGUAGCGGCGAGAAGAAUCAUGGGUAG